AUGGCUUAAGACAAAUAGUACAAAGAAUUGGCAUCCAAAUUGAUUGAAUUCAUUUUGUCUACUCAUAAAUCCAAUUAACAAUCCUUAUUAUAGGAGAAAAUUGCUCAAACCCAGAAAUUGCUCACCAAUUAUCAAUCUCAAGUGAUACUUUAAUAACAGAAAGAAAUACCCCAAUUGAACAAUUAGACAUAAAAAUAACUCACAUCCGAGAGCUUUAAGAGCAAUUCCAUAACUCCAAGAGAUACACAAGUAAAUAAUCGAAGAACUUCAAAAAAUUAGUCAUUAACCGAUAAACGAUAAAUUUAAUAACAAAUUACCAGUUUAAAAACUUAGAAGGGAAUGCAAAAUAGUGAUUCGUAAUAAAGGUUAUUUGUUGAGCAUAUACCUAAAAUGGGAAGAUCUUUAGUUAAAGAUGAUUAAUAACGAAAUUUUAAUAUCAUAACAGGAGUUUGA